UUUUCUUUUCCCUCCAGGUCAACGUUAGGACCAACACUGGAACAGAUAUCCCUUACAGAUGAUCAAAUCCUUAAGCAGCAAGAUCAUACACGACAACAGGCAAUGCACUUGAUGCAACUGGCUGUGUUUGUGCUUUAUUCUAUUCACAUAAAAAGUGAACAGUGGCUUCCCUUUUUCAAGAUUGUUAUGAAUAAAAAAUGUGAUCCACUUUGGAUGUGGAGAGAAGAUGAAUUGAAGGACCUUCAGGAUGAAAAGUUAAUCAAAAGAGUUUUUGUGUGGAAGGAAGUAGUCUCCCAGCUUGCCGCUAAUAUUGCCCCAAAGCUGAAUAGCUUUGGCUUGUUUGCUGGCAGUGACAUUGAACCGGAAACCUUGGUAGGACUUUUAACAUACUCUACUUUAUUCAAGUGUCAAGUGGCUAAUGUAGUUUGAAUAUCUAUUUAUCAAAUGAAAACCAUUUUUUUUUUUCAGGUGCAUACUGUGUGUGCAGUUCAGUCAAGUAGUAUUAAUGUCACAAGUGACACAGGACACCCAGUCAGGACCUUAGUACCAGUAAGUUUAUACCUACAUCUGCGAAUAAAUAUGUUAUUGAUGAAUACUAUCAAUCAUGGCACAAUUAUUGGGCCCUGAAGUAGCUUGCGAGUAAGCUCUCCAUUUCGAGUUCAGAGCAAGUAGCGUUGGCUAACCCUGACAAUAAAGGUAGCCUAUGGGGUACAUGAAUGCAUUUCCCAAAGGACUGUGCAGAGUAUGUACAGUUUCUUGCAAGGAGCCAACAAAUUGACAACUGUUAUACAGUGUUCUCACUAGAAUUUUGUGAUUUGUGGCCUAGUCACCCCAGGCCUUGAAGUGUCAGGGCCAUUUAAAACAAAUAAAGGGUCACAAGAGUUCACUCAGUUUAAAGUUUCCAACGGAAAUCUGUGCAAUACUACAAACACUGGAAUAAAAUCAAACGUUUUAACUAAAUAUAGUUGUAUGUAAUUGCACUCAAGAAAAAAAAAACAGUAAGCAAUUAUUGCUAAUUAAAACAAACUUGUAGUCCUGCACAGAGAAGUAAAAAAUUUAAUUGCCUAUUUACAACCAAAGUAAGCCUGUUAACGACCAAAAUUGACUUUUAAAUAAUUUGCUAGAGUUCUGUGCCCUGAGGGCUCUUGAGGACUUUUUAAAUGGACCAUUUCACUAAAAAUUAUGUGAAUCCCACAAUGGCACAGUCUGGUGAGAACACUGAUUAUAUACUGAGAUAAAUAAUUACUGUCACUUUGUUAGCUUCUAAUGCUGUCAACAUGAGAGAUAUUUGAUGAGAUGAUGAGAUGAGAUAUCUGAAUGGAAAGAGACAAUGUUUAGACUAUGAGCCAUGUCAAUUUUUUCUCUUUACAAGAGAAAAAGGCAUUAGAAUAAGAGGAUAAUGAAAUCUUUUUUUGCCCCUCUCACACGUUGCCAUAUUAUUCUCUAGCUUGCUUUAAUUGAUUGUAUAAUGAAAAAUGGAGCUGUUUUGAUGUACACAAUAUUGGACUUAUGUUUCUUAAAAGGAAACAACUCAUGGCUUUGCAUAUUUGUGGGGUUUUUUAUGCACAUUUCCAUGUCCAAGUUUAUAGGACUUUUUAAAGUUAGAAGACUUUUUUGUUUGCUUGUUAAAAAUCUUUCUUGUUGUUGUUGCUCUUUUUGUUUUUAAGUGACAUUGUAUUAAACUGAUGCACCAAAAUCUUGAAAUUCUUGUGUAUAGAGUAGCAGAACAUAACACCUCUUUUUUUAAAUCGCGAAAUGCCGAUGGUAAUAGUUUAACUGUACACAUGUACUAACUUGCCUCAUUCUUCGGGUCAGUAGCACUAAUUUGUGACUUGGCAUGUUUUUCUACAUUUCAGGGCCUAAACUUGUUCACAUAUCAGCCCAGUAUUGCCGGCACGUGGUGGAUCAAGGGUGGUGCUCUGCGGUACAGAUAUAUCAACAGCACUGUACAAGAGGGAGAUACAAUCUUCAUAGAUUUUAACCCGAAAGGGGACAGCGUACAAACACUCUUUGAGUAUGGCGUGUUUGCUUCAGAGGGAAGCAAAUUCUUCAGUCCUUUGCCAGAGCUUAACAGUCGAAUGCGCAGAAGAUUAGCCGAGAUGUUAAAACUCAAGAAACGAGUGAAAUACAGUGACAAAUUCACAUUUAAAGCUGCCGGUCUUCCCAGCUUUAGAGUCCAAGCGCUAUCAGACAAAGAUGUAGAUAAGUUAGUGAGGAUAGGCAGCAACGAAAAGAAAUUAUUCGAGUUAAAGAAGGUAUUUAACAGCCCCUCGCUUCACAUUCAGAGCAAUUCUCUUUACUCUUGCAAAGACGAAGUGGUUGCCUUGAAUUUGCUGUCGUUGCAUCUGCGAGAUGAAUUGUCUGGUAAAUCUACGGGGAUGCCCGAGGAUGAAGAAUUUCUUACUCAAGAUAUUCCUGAAAGGCAACGCACAGCUGUCGAGUUUAGGCUUAAGUUUAAACGGCUAGUUACAAAUUAUCUUGAUAUAACUAGCGCCCGAGCAAUAGAGACUAAAAGGGAAUGUUUGUCACGAAAAAGAGACGAACUUUAA